UCGUCGGCAAUAUUGAUUGUCAGCCAUUUUUGUUAAGUUGCUGGCAAUCUUUUGUCACUUAUUGCAUUCUGUGGAGGAAAACUAUAAAUUUUUGAGAAAAAUGAGAAACAAAUGGAGUGUCAAACAUAUAAUUGAGCUAAUUGAGUUAUUUAAAGCUCAUCCUUCCCAAUGGGAUCAGAGUUCACGAGACUAUAGGUUGAAGAGAAAGAAAGAAAAGGACCUAUUGGCAAUAGCUGGGUCUAUGGGUGUAGAAAAAACUGUAAUAGAAAAGAAGUGGAAAAGCCUUCGCACCAUUUACAAAUCGGAGCUUAAUAAAAUUGCCGCCAGCAAAAAGGCUGGUAACUUGUACGUUUCACCAUGGCGCUACUUUGGCUAUUUGAGAUUUUUGUAUGGAAACCGAGACGAAAGUGAAAUCAGUACGCAAGAGCCUUUGUGUUCUUUUACCAUGGAGAUCGAAGAUUCAAAUGAGGACGAAACUGUAAUUGAUGAUAUUUAUGAAGCAAAAUCCCAACGUAAUCAAUUGAUCGAAAGUGAAGUGGACAAGUGGAGUGAUGAAAAAAUUAUUGAACUCAUUCAGCAUUACGAAGUUCACCCAUUGUUGUGGGAUCAAUCAGAUGAAGAGUUUAAGGUGAAUUCUAGAAGAGAUGAGACCCUCGAAGAGAUAGCUAAAACCAUGGGUGUACCAAAAGAGGAUAUUAAAAAGAAGUGGAAAAGUCUUCGCAACCAGUUCAAUUCAGAACUGAAUAAAAUGCGUAAUAGUAAAAGUAUAGACGAUUUAUAUGUUUCACAUUGGCGCUUUUUAAGCCCAAUGCAGUUCUUAUACGAGGACUGCAGAGAGGAAACUAGUUGUAAUGAAUACUAUCUUGUAGAACAAUGUGAAAAUUCUGACUUAGAAGAUGUUGCAAUUCAUCCAAGGUUCAACAGAUCUGAGAAUCCUGAUAUAGGAAAAUAUGAGUUGGAAGAAACGUCUGUUUCUACUGAUUUAAAAAGAAAAUGGAGCCCCCAAGCUGUUUAUCAACUCAUUCAACAAUAUAAAGAGCAUCCAUCUCUGUGGGAUAGAUCUACAAGAGAGUAUAGGCUAAAAAAUAUAAGAGAGAAAGAUAUUUGUCAAGUGGCUGAAAACAUGGGUGUCGAGAGAAUUGAGAUAGAAAGAAAGUGGAAAAGUCUGCGAACCCAUUGCAAGGCUGAGCUGAAAAAAAUGAGGGAAGGCAGGGAAGCCGGAGGAAAACGUGUGUUUUUCUCAAAUUGGCGUUUCUUAAAAGCAAUGCAUUUUAUAUACGAUAAUUGCAAAGAAAACGAAACACAUUGUAACGGAAAUUCGUUACCAUGUGAAAGUGAUGAUUCCGAGAACAUGGAGGUUAAGAUGAUAAACAUACAGCAAGAAGAAAAUGAAUGUGUAGAAGGUGAAAAUUCUGAUGGCAUAGAAUCGGAUGACGUUCCUAAAAAAAUUAAGAUAAGCACCAAUGUGGAAAAGGAUACAUUGGAGCAUAAAGCGAGCAAAACAUGUAAGGAGUCUUACGGAACCAAUGAAUGCGAUAUAUUUUGUUCUCUCAUGGCAACUAAGCUACGAAAACUCAAUCGUAACCUGAGGGAUGAAGCUAUGAGGCAACUGAUGCGAGUCAUGUGGGACUUCGAGGAUACGCAGAAACGAUCUUCAACGCCACCACCACCAUGUGAUUCGUUUGAAUAUAUUAUAUAAUCUAAUUUGAAUUAUUUUUUUCACUAUUCCGAAUAUAAAGUGUACGAAAACUAGA